CUCUGAGACUCUUUCUCUCUCCUCAUGCUAACCUCCGACGUAAACCACACACACCUCUUCCUUCCUUCCUUCUGCUCUACUGCCGUUCCUCUCUCACCCUUCUUCUGCCAAACUUCCCAAUUCACCUUAUAAGAAUUCCUUUCCUCACUUCUGUUAGCUAGUUAGUAGUGAGAAGGAAUCUCACUUCAUCCCCACCAAGCUAAAGUCACAGGAUUCUGUUCCAUCCCUAAUCGAACUGUUUCAAUCGACUUCAUUCUAGUGCAGCCAUUCGGCCCUUCGCUCACGUUGCUUUUUAGUACUAACUCACCAUGACCGAACCAGAGGAUGUUGAAGAAGACCUGUUUGCAGAUCUGUACGAUGCGGAUGAUGCCGCGAACCAACCAAUUUCAACCGUUGAAGCUCCGAUUACCUCGGAGCCUACAGCUUCGGUCCUCCCGACUCAGUCGGCUGGCCUUCCUACAACACAUGUCUCCGAAGCCUCUCAUAUCGAAACGGAAGACAUCCGCGGUGUACACCAACAAUUUCUACAGGAUGGAGCUCACCAACAUGGCACAGGCAAUUUAGAUUCUGGAUUCGCCAGUACUACCACUCCUAUGUCGGGGGAAACAGAGCAUCACGGAACCGGGAUUAAAGAAGAUGGGAAGAUGUUUAUUGGCGGUCUCAACUGGGAAACAACUGACCAAUCCCUAAAGGACUACUUUUCUCAGUUCGGAGAGGUACAGGAAUGCACUGUGAUGCGAGACAGCGCUACAGGUCGCUCUAGGGGGUUUGGUUUCUUAACUUUUAGAGACCCUAAGACCGUCAAUACUGUCAUGGUCAAGGAGCAUUACUUGGAUGGGAAAAUCAUCGAUCCGAAGCGUGCAAUCCCUCGUGACGAACAAGAAAAGACAAGCAAAAUCUUCGUUGGUGGCGUCAGCCAAGAAGCUAACGAGCAAGACUUCAAACAAUUUUUCAUGCAAUUCGGUCGUGUGGUCGAUGCUACUUUGAUGAUCGAUAAGGACACUGGUCGGCCUCGCGGCUUUGGCUUUGUGACGUUUGACAGCGAGGCUGCUGUUGAAGCAGCACUCUCACGUCCUUUAGAGAUACUCGGUAAACCUAUUGAGGUCAAGAAGGCCCAACCACGCGGUAAUUUGCGGGACGAAGAGGAUCGCAGGAACCGCCGUGGUAGAGACGGUUUCCGUGAGGGAGCUCAGAUUGGUGGCGAUGGUUCUCAACAACAAGGCUCUCAAGGGCCGGCCGGCAUGCCCGGUGGCUUGACUCCACAGAUGAUGGCGCAGUAUUGGCAACGGAUGCAGCAAUAUUUUGCUUUAAUGCAGCAGCAGAUGGCUGUUGCCGCUCAGGGUCAAGGCAUGGGCGCAAUGGGAAUGGGUGGAAUGAACCCAGCUAUGAUGCAACAGAUGCAGAUGAAGCAGAUGCAACAGAUGCAAAUGGGCAGUAAUCAACAACAGGGAAGCAUGAGUCCUCCAUCACAGAGUCAGACACCUCAAAUGCAGAAUAUGAUGAAUCCCACCAUUAUGCAGCAGAUGCAGCAGAUGCAAAAUCAAGGUCAAGGAGGACAGAUGGGGAAUGCUAUGAACAUGGGGAGCACUAGUCCUGGAAACGUGAACAUGAGUGGAAAUUAUUCAGGACCUCGGGGAGGCCCAGGCUAUAACGCCCAUGAGCAGAUUGCCUUUGAACAACAGAAGUAUGAACAGCAGCAGGCUCGUCGGGCCAUGGAAAACCGGGCGUUCUCUCCCUAUCAACAGGGCGGUCCAACUUCCUGGGAAGGUAUGUACGAUGAAGUGCCCCAGCCCAACAUCCCCACGGGACCGCAAGCCAUGAAUCGAGCUGGCAGUAUGGGACGUGGACCGACGCCGCAGCCUCAGAGUGCCGCACCAGCCAACGCUCCAACUGGGCCCAAAAAUGCUGGAAAACCUGGAGCCAAUUACCGAGGUGGGGGUCGUGGAGGUCAUCGUGGCUUUCAUCCCUAUGCUCGUGGCUAAACUGAUGCGCUUCUUCUACUCGGAUGUUGUCAUUCUGGCCUUCUUUGUAUGGAGCUGAAUCCAUUCGGCAGCAACUUCUCAGUUACCUAAUCUUCUUUUCAAAUUUUUGCUUUUGUAAGUUGCGGCAGACCAUGAUGCCGUUUGUUGAGCUAAGGGUCUCAUGAAAUUGGUGAUGUGUUCAAUGUACUUAUUCAACGAUGCUGCUCUUGUCUCCUUCAUCAAAAUGCUGCCGACUACAUGUUUAAUCCUUCCCCAAGAAAAGAAAAGAAGAGGGAGGGAGGGAGCGAAAGAAUGGAACAGAAGACAAGUAAAGAGACAUAACAAGCGUAAGGUGGUCGCUGUCAUCGAGAUAUGGAGGACAUUGGUAUCAUGAUGUAUUGCCUAUCCCAUUCGUGGUGCUUUGUGGACAGCCAAUAUGCACUUGGGAUUAGAGACAAAUGAAAAGAAUAGCAUAGAAGGGAGGCUAUAGUUUAGCAACCCGUGAAACUAUAGGACUCACUUGUUACUAAAA